UGGUUCAGAAAACAGAUUGGCUAAGAGACUAACAGCACAUGAUAGGAUCUGGGCAGCAACCUUCUUGCUAUUCCUCAACCACAAAAACAUCUUCAAAAAUGGAUGGUGCCUGGGUCUACCUGGUGACAGGAGGAUGCGGUUUUAUCGGGGAGAAGAUUGUAGAGCUCCUGUCUCAACAAGACUACAUCAAAGAGGUCAGAGUUUUUGAUUCUGUAGCAAGAGAAGAAGUAGAAAAAUUUACCACAGCUACCACUCGUGUGACAGUGAUGAAAGGAGACAUCCGAGACUACAAUCUGCUCCUUGCUGCCAUGCAGGGAGUUCACGUGGUUAUUCACACAGCUGCUAUUGUGGACUACAGAAACACUGUACCCUUCUGGGAAAUGAGAGCUGUCAAUGUCGAGGGUACUCGGAAUGUGUUAAAGGCCUGCUGUGUCCUGAGCAUCCCGUAUGUUGUCCAUACAAGUUCCAUUGCUGCAGUGGGACCCAACACUUCGCAUGAGCCCAUGUUCAGAGGAAACGAGGAUACCAAAUACAGUGGGGAAGUGGAGCUGCCUUAUGGGAAGACAAAGGCCAUGGCAGAAAAACUGGUAGCUGAAGCCAAUGGAAGAAAGCUCAGCAACAGUGGGAAACUUGCAACCUGCAUCAUCCGGGCAAACAUGGUAUAUGGAGAGAAGGCAACGUUUCUUAAAGAUUUGUAUUUACGGACCAAAGCCAGGAACAGCGUGUUGAACUACCUAGAGCCUGAAAACACAGAGCGUAAUUGCACGUAUGUGGGGAACGUUGCAUGGAUGCAUGUCCUCGCAGCAAGGAACUUGCAGCUGAAACCAGACUUACUUGCUGGACAAGUGUAUUAUUCCUAUGAUGACACUCCAACAAGAAAAGGGUUUCUGAUCACGCAUCAACUGUUGUCCUCUGUGGACCCUUCAGUACGACUGGGCUCACACAUCCCUUACUGGAAGAUGUGGUUAAUAAUACACUUUCACAGAAUAAUCAAGGUCAUCUUGUACCCUUUUUGGAAGCCACAGCCUUUCCUAAACUUGCCUUUACUGAACACAAUAGUCACCACCUUCUCCUAUGAGACAGACAAAGCCUUCAGGCAUUUUGGGUACAAACCCCUCUUCAGCUGGGCAGAGGGCAAACAGAGGACUACACAGUGGUUGAAAGCAACUAUAGGAAACAUGGGAUCCCACCAGCUUCAUGAAAAGGAGAACUAAGCAGCAUGUUUUGGAGAAAGAGAGAGCUUAUCACAACAGCAAGUUUCAUCUGAAUUUCACAACACACAACUCCUGGGCAGGAAUUUUGCCGACAUCAGGAAGUCCUUAUACAGGCAGAGAGGGAGCAGAACUCUCUGGCUGCAGGUACACACCCUUGCCACACCAAGAAGUCCACUCUUUCAAGCGUCAUAUGAAAAAAACAUGGUGCAUCUGAAAGUAUCCUCUUGCCGUGAUAUAGAGUCAGUGAUGUAUGGACAGAUGCAGGUCUCGCUGGCCUCACUCAUUCCAGCAAUGCCACCCCUGCACUGGGAUCACCCAUGGAAACAAGGGACACACAAUUAGAAGAGAGAUGGCGCUCAAAGGCAUUUUUUACUUCAGUUUACUAGUUCUGCUCCAAAGCACAACGGACCAACUCCAAUACCCUGAUCUCAAGCAGCUAAGCAGGAUAUCUUUAUUUGGCAACAUGCUAAAGGGGUCUCCAGUGAUAAUUCUUGGAGAAGAGCAGGAAAGCCCAGAAAGAUCUUUUAAAGGUUUAGGCAAAGUUUUAGUUUCAAAGUUUUAACAGAAAAGAAAAAGAUUUUUCCCUUUUCCAGAACCACUUUUUUCCCAAGAUUCGUCUUAUUUUUCUAAACUUGUGAGAUAUUAUAUCUCUCUUAAAUAUUAUAUCUAUUAAAGGAAAUGUAUGAUAUCUUGCACUAACAAUGCAUUGGUUGAGUUACAUUCUAGCUGUACAGCUUGAGACCUGAUAACUACAAGCUUAGAGAUGCGCUACAUAUAGUUUGUAACUCCAGUGCUGUAACCUCACUUCACGCUAGCGGUAAGGCAAAAGAAAUUAAAUCCCACAUUCAACCACCACACUGGCAGGAGGGAACUUUAGUGAAGGCCUUAGCAGCUGUAUUUAUGCUAAAUAAUGUCUGAACUUCAGAAACUAGAAGUUAUUUUAACUCAUUCCGUUAUGCCGGAGCUACACAGUCCUUCGGGGAACAACGUUUCACAGAUGAGAUUUUUCUAACACAGAUGGGACACGCACUUACAGAGAAUUCACAAUGAAAAUUCACAGCACAACGAUGACUGUGGUUCGUAUCAGCUUACCAGCUCCUCUAUUUUUAGGACAUACAGAGAGAGUGGUAAACCAAUAAUAAGCACAACAGAGAUUUCAGUUUUCACUUGAACUUGGAGAAGCAGGAAAUUUCUACAAUACUUGUUUAAAUUUAAAAUUAAUUCUAUUAGUAUCAAGCUGUUUAAAGUACUUCCCUGUUUUAUGAACAUGUAACCAUCUCUCAAGUCUUCCUACAAUGAAGAUGCAUGCAUACCCAAUAAAAGCUUAUUUUAAUUAGAAGAGCCCUCAUCCUCAUGGAAAAAGCAAGUUUCAGCAUGAUAUGUUUGAUAGAAAUGAUCAAAAUUCGCUUCUUGUUAGUUACAGUAAUUACCCAGUAAUGAAAGUGAAGCAAUACUGUGUGAGGUGCCAAGUUAACUUCAUUGAAAUUCACAAUCACAUGCGAAUUCUUUGCAAAACAAGCUUCCAUACCAAAAAAUCACGUGCUCAGGUAAUUCAUGAAUAAUUCCAUACAACAAAUAAAUUUCUGGGGAAAAAAAUUGCAAUCUGCUCCUAUAAAAUUUGGGAAGGUGAAAUGAACUGCGUAAGUUAUCAGUUCCCUACGUUUUAUCCUUGAUCUAUUUGUGCUGGGAAGUUUUUGAGAAAAGGAAUAAGGUCAUUGGGUUUUUUAUUUCAUUAGUAGCCGUCUUUGCAGUUUUCUGUUAUUAUUCAAAUGGUAGAUGACAGCUUGCUGAGAAAUUUGACAAAGAAAUAUAUUCCCAAUUUCUCCUGCACAAUGCCAGAGCAUCACCAUGGUACAGUCACAUUGAUCUCAACAGGUUUUAAUGCUUCUGAAACCUUGGUUUUAUGUUGCCAAAAAAGAGCCACUGGGUGGAGCUGCAAGUCCAAAUGUGAGACAGGUAACUUCGCCUUCAGAUUAAGUGUUGCAACAGCUUUGGCUUUAACUGGUUUUAUAAGAAUUGAAAGGCUUGCCUAGACAGCAAGGUUGAUGCCUGAGCAUCCGGGUUUGUCCUCGGCUUGUGGCAUUUGGAUUUUGGGACUUUCCUCUAGGCUGGCUGCUUGCUGUCAUCUUUUUAUCUCCAUGUAGUCAUUUAAUCAAAAGAGACCUAGGAAAUUAUUUUGCCACUCAUAACCCAUUAAAAAUUAAUAAAAGUUCGGUUCCUAUUUUAAAAAAAAAAUAAUGAAAUAUGACAUUCUGACCUUUGAGAAAACCUGCCUAGGUACAACAGCUGAUGCUUUCAGUCCCAUUCAGAGCCUUGGGUACAUUUGUUUGAGGGAUUUGGAGCUACUGAAGAUACCAGCUGGGAUGCAUAGGGUUGCUCCUGCCCCACUACUGCCCCAGAGAUCAAUGUUAUAACAUUUCUUGCCUGCUUUCAGGAAUCUUGCUGGGAAACUCAUUAAGUUUUUUUAAAAAAAAAAAAACACACCAAAAAAACCCCCAUACCUAUCCUGCUCAUUAGCACCUAACAUUCUGAUGCUUAUUGAGAUGCAGAUGACAUGUAGGAUUAGGUGCAAGUAUUUUAGAUGGUAGUUAUGUGUACAGUCUUUCAAAAGGACCUGAAUUACUUAGCUACUCAGCUUUUUCCUAUACCUUCCCACCUCCCAAGCUUCAAAAAAAAAAAAAAAAAAAAAAAAAGGCAAGCAGAGGAUUCCCUUUCCCUGCUCAUGGUUGAAGUCAGAGGAAAGGCUUAGACAGCAAAGGCUCUGAGCUGUUUCCCAAAAAGAUGAGUAAGCUUCCUUUGGCUGCACUGCAUUUUGGCUCCUAAAAGCUAAUGCUGCUGCAGACUUCCUGUUAGAUCCUUGAUUUUUAUCAGAUUAUAACUUGUUUUCUCUUGGCAAUGCUUUACUUCUUUCUUUUGCACUGGGUUGUCAUUGGCUUUUCUGUUCAGGGUCUCAGCCCUAUUAUGUAACAGCAGCAGCAAAAAAAGAGAGGGAAAAAAUUUUUUUUCAGAUCUGUUUCUACUUCUGGAGAGGAGCCUUUGUGCACAAUUACUCAUCCAAGAGAUUCAGCAGGUAUAACUGCUUCCCCCAGGGGCUCCAUUAUAUAAUUGGAUUUCAGCCAUACAAAUUAAAUCCUAUCUUACCCCUUAGUUAAGCCAGGCAGUAAGUAUUUAAUGCUAAUAUCCCUGACAACUAUUGCAGGGAGCAGCAGAGAAGAAGCACAGAAGAGACGGAUGCAUACGCCGUCUACCAGCGGAGCAAGGAGAACGAGAAGAGAGUUCAUUGACAGAAAGACACCUGCUAUAUUUUUAAUCUGGUGAAACUUCCCCACUGCAAAUCAUGGCACCUGCUGGAGGAGCUGUCAGAGCUGGAACUUUGUUCUCUCCUGGUUUUCUGCCCUCCAAUGUUCCCACGUGUGCACUGAGCAUCCGUUUUCUCUCCCCCUCAACACACACACACCCCUGCCUUCCACCCACCCCUUCAAAGGGCUGCAUGCCUAACCUUGCUUGAGUUUCUAUGGAAGUCUCCGUUCUUGUGCAAUGUCUGAAAGAAGCAAGUUUAGUAAUAUUAAGACUCAAGCCAAACACACAACCGAGCAAAGAAUCCCCAAGUUAAAAAGAAAAUCUCAAUCUAGUUACUCACGCAUCUGCAUUUUCUAUUGCCUUCUGUCUUCUCCAGGCAUGUUUCUUUUAGACAAAGCCCUCUGGGCAGAGACCAUCUCUUUUGGUGUCUGGUACAUCAGUCACAGAGUUAGUACAUGGUAAUAAAGGAAAAUAGAUUCAUGGUAGGAGUCAAACCAGUCAGUCUGGUACCGUAAUUGGAACAUAAUCUCAUAUUGACAGUAUUUAACACAGGAUGUGCAGGAACAGAUGGCAGCAUGCCAGGCCUCAAUCAUUCAGCAAAUAUUGGAAAGAUAUUUUCUGAAUCCAGCCUCUGAACCUCAUCUCCAGUGUCAGAAGCCUUCCUUCCCCAAACUGGCCUAGAUCCACUCACCCACCCAGGAAAAAUCCCCAACAUAACCAUGUACUUUGGAGUUCGCAGCCACCCUGGCUUGUCCCUCUCUAAUAGCGUUUCUAGUGUUCAAUGUCUUAAUAAAUGUUUAGAGAGCGCUUGAAAAAGCAUCUGCCACGCGCUCCUGCGCCUCUGGGUACACUCGCCAGUCUUCGCCCUUACAAACAGCGAUCUUGCCCGUGACACAAAACAUGAAUCCCUGUGCAAGGUCUGCGUUAGGUAUGGCCCUCACCACACCAGUCUGCCUUUUCUUUCCUCUCUCUCAUCUUCACUUGUACAACUUCACUCAAUGGCGGCAAAACUUGCAAUAAAGAGUUGUUCUCUCCCCUAAGCCUGAAACAGCUACUUAGGGCAGGUAAAGCACAUUUAUGUCCAAGCUGCAUCUUAUCCCAGGGAGCUCUGUAGUGUGAGCGUGCGCACGUACUCAGCCCCUCCAAGGGCAUGGGUACUGCGCUUCCUAUAUCCUGCUACAGCAAGUUUAAAAUGAUUUUUCUCUAUUUUAGCAAUUAAUUUUCAUUAAUCAACUUGCUGUUCAAUGCUUCACUGUAAUUCACAAGUUUUAUGUAUUAUAUGAAUAAAAUUGCACAUAUAUUUUUA